AUGGGUACCACAAUGUUCUUCACUUGGAUGAUACUGUUAAUGUCCGAAACUCUGCAGACUACCACAGUUUCUGGAUAUACAACAGCUUCAGAAACAGACUAUUACCACUGUGGUGGCCACCUCUCAGGUUUUUCUGGGGAAUUCUCUAGUCCAAACUAUCCUAGUUACUAUCCAAACAAUGCACGAUGCAUCUGGGAAAUACAAGUGGAAUAUAAUAGUUACGUAGACGUCCAGUUUGACCAUGUUGCACUGGAACCGAAUAGUAACUGCAAUUACGAUUUUAUUGAAAUCUAUGAGCGACAGCCAAAUGCAUCUACUUUGCUGGGAAGAAUAUGUACUGGUGGUUAUCAAAUAUUUACAUCCAAUUCAAACAGAAUGACCGUUGUGUUUUCGAGCGAUGGCAGUAACCAAAAUACAGGAUUUCAUGCUUCUUAUUAUACUGUCUUCAUAGACCUGACGAAACCUGCUACUACUACUACUACUACUACAUGGCUGCCUUCAACAGACUAUUACCACUGUGGUGGCUACCUCUCAGGUUCUUCUGGGACAUUCUCUAGUCCAAACUAUCCUAGUUACUAUCCAAACAAUGCACGAUGCAUCUGGGAAAUACAAGUGCAAUAUAAUGGUUAUGUACACGUCCAGUUUGACCAUGUUGCACUGGAGCAGUACACUAACUGCGCUCACGAUUUUAUUGAAAUCUAUGCGCAAGAGUCAUAUACAUCUACUUUGCUGGGAAGAAUAUGUACUGGUGGCUAUCAAGCAUUUACAUCCUAUUCAAACAGAAUGAUGGUUGUGUUUUCGAGCGAUGGCAAUUACCAAAAUACAGGAUUUUAUGCUUCUUAUUAUACUGUCUUCCGAGAUGUUUUUGCUCUCAGACUGGUGAAUGGCCAGAACAGAUGUGAGGGCCGUGUCGAAAUUUAUGCCAAUGGAACCUGGGGGACAGUGUGUGAUGAUUUAUGGGACAUAAACGAUGCUCAAGUUGUAUGCAGGCAGCUUGGAUGUGGAUGGGCCAUUUCUGCACCAGGAAGUGCCCGAUUUGGUCAAGGCAGAGGAAAUAUUUUCCUGGAUGAUGUGCAAUGCAGAGGAAAUGAACGCUUUCUCUGGCAAUGUCAACACAGAGCGUGGGGCAUACAUAACUGUGGCCACAGUGAAGAUGCCAGUGUCAUUUGUUCAGGGCCAGAGGAGAGGCUGGAAUUGAGACUGGUGAAUUCAUCUAGCAGAUGUGAAGGUCGUGUUGAAAUUUAUUACCAAGGAUCAUGGGGAACAGUUUGUGAUGAUUUUUGGGAUCUCCAUGAUGCAGAUGUUGUAUGCAGGCAACUUGGAUGUGGAUCUGGUGUUGCAGCAAAGACCAGUGCCUAUUACGGUCAAGGCUCAGGAAAUAUUGUUCUGGAUGAUGUGAGGUGCAUAGGAUGGGAAUACCGUCUAUGGGACUGUCCUCAUUCAGGAUGGCUCUCUCAUAACUGUGGUCAUCAUGAAGAUGCCGGUGUCAUCUGUUCAGCAAAAUAUACUUGUGGUGGUGUCCUUCAGUAUUCAUCGGGGACAUUUCAAAGCCCGUUCUAUCCUGGGAAUUAUCCAAACAAUGCAGAUUGUGUGUGGGAAAUAGAAGCAGUGAGCAAUUACCGUGUAACACUUUCAUUUAGCAAUAUAGCGACAGAAGGUGGUACAUGCCGGUAUGAUUAUAUUGAGAUAUAUGAUGGGCCACUCUAUACCUCUCCUUUACUGGGGAAAAUUUGUUAUGGUUCCUAUCUCACAUAUACAUCGUCCUCAAACUUGAUGACAGUUCGAUUUCACAGUGACUCGAGUAUAACAAACAGAGGGUUCCGUGCUGCCUAUUACACCAUUCCAGCAGAUCAGAAUACUACUCUUCUGUGCUUGCCAGAACACAUGCAUGCAGUUGUUAACAGAGCCUAUCUCCGCUCACAUGGUUACAAUGCAUGGGAUGUCAGCUUGAAUGACCCUUAUUGUAGACCAAACAUUACAUCAAACUAUGUUAUAUUCAACAUCCCAUACAAUGGCUGUGGGACAAGACGAGAGGGAAACAACAACACUAUCAUCUAUUCCAACUUGAUCAAAGCAAUCUCUUCUGGUUACAUAAUCAAAAGGCAAAAAGAUCUUCACUUGCAUAUCAAUUGCAAAAUGCUCCAAAAUAGAUGGAUAGAAAUAAUGUAUGUUGCUGAGGAUGUUACUGAAGUCAAUGAAACUCAGUACGGCAGAUACAACGUGACCAUUUCAUUUUAUAAAUCACCAUCCUUCUCAUGGCCAGUGUAUGACUCUCCAUACUACGUUGACUUGAACCAGAAUUUAUUCCUUCAAGCUUCAAUUCACAGCUCUGACCCAAAUCUGGUCUUGUUUUUGGACACGUGUGUUGCAUCACCCGAUCCCAAUGAUUUUACAACAGUAACCUAUGACAUUAUCAGGAGCGGGUGUGUUAGAGAUCCAACCUACGGUACAUACUAUUCACCCUACAGCUCCACCAUACGCUUCAAAUUUAAUGCCUUCAAGUUUAUUAACAAACAUACAUCAGUUUACCUGCAGUUUAAAAUGGUGGUGUGCAGGGUAUAUGACUAUUCUUCCCGAUGCUACCAGGGCUGCAUACCCAGGUCCAAGAGAGAUACAAGCUCUUACCAAGAAGAAGUGGAUGUUGUUGUUGGGCCAGUUCAGCUUCGGAAAGAUGGCACUAAGAACAGGAAUGCUGAACUGGACUAUUCUGAACAUCAGGAAGAUGUGGAUUCCCGUGGUUCACUUACUGCUACUGAUGAUCAUUCCCAGGCUCCAUUUAUUGUUACGGGUGUGGUGCUUGCAGCUGUUAUUUUCACUCUUGUUGGGUUUCUUUUGAAAAAUAAACUGAGGAGACCGAUUCCAUACGAGAUAAUGUGA